UAUUUUCAUAAUACGGAUCUACAGCAUGUCUGGAAGAGGCAAAGGUGGUAAAGGACUCGGGAAAGGAGGCGCCAAGCGGCAUCGCAAAGUGCUCCGUGAUAACAUCCAGGGCAUCACCAAGCCCGCUAUCCGCCGCCUGGCUCGCCGCGGAGGAGUGAAGCGAAUCUCCGGGUUGAUUUAUGAAGAGACUCGCGGGGUGCUGAAGGUGUUCCUGGAGAAUGUGAUCCGGGAUGCCGUCACCUACACUGAGCACGCCAAGAGAAAGACCGUCACCGCUAUGGAUGUGGUGUACGCUCUGAAGCGCCAGGCUCAACAAGCUGAUGGGAGGCGUCACCAUCGCUCAGGGCGGAGUGCUAGUUUGAAAAUGGCAAGAACUAAGCAGACUGCGCGUAAGUCCACCGGUGGAAAGGCGCCCAGGAAACAGCUUGCUACCAAGGCUGCUCGAAAGAGCGCCCCUGCUACCGGCGGCGUGAAGAAACCUCACCGUUACAGACCUGGCACUGUGGCUCUGAGGGAAAUCCGCCGCUAUCAGAAAUCCACCGAGUUGUUGAUCCGCAAACUGCCCUUCCAGCGGCUCGUCCGAGAAAUCGCUCAGGAUUUCAAGACCGACCUGCGCUUCCAGAGCUCCGCUGUGAUGGCGCUGCAGGAGGCUAGCGAGGCUUACCUGGUCGGGCUCUUUGAGGACACCAACCUGUGUGCCAUUCACGCCAAGAGAGUCACCAUCAUGCCCAAAGACAUCCAGCUGGCCCGCCGAAUCCGAGGAGAACGCGCUAGCCUCAGCCCUCGUUUCAAGUAUUGUAUUAUUUUCAUAAUACGGAUCUACAGCAUGUCUGGAAGAGGUAAAGGUGGUAAAGGACUCGGCAAAGGAGGCGCCAAGCGGCAUCGCAAAGUGCUCCGUGAUAACAUCCAGGGCAUCACCAAGCCCGCUAUCCGCCGCCUGGCUCGCCGCGGAGGAGUGAAGCGAAUUUCCGGGCUAAUCUAUGAAGAGACCCGCGGGGUGCUGAAGGUGUUCCUGGAGAAUGUGAUCCGGGAUGCCGUCACCUACACUGAGCACGCCAAGAGAAAGACCGUCACCGCUAUGGAUGUGGUGUACGCUCUGAAGCGCCAGGGUCGCACUCUGUACGGAUUCGGGGGUUAAAGAUCUGGACACAAGGACACGAACACAAAGGCUCUUUUAAGAGCCGCCCACCUUUUCAUUUAAAGAGUUUUCAAUUCUGAAACAAGCUCAAUUUAAUACACCACUAAAAUCUUCAAAAGAAUAAAAUCACAUUUUUCAAAAUGUUUUAUACUGUUAUCUCCCCAGUGUUUUCUUUGUUGUUUUAAAAUGGCUAUUUAGACCUAUUUCACGCUGUGUAACGAGAGUAUUUUAGGCUUAAACUUAAGUGUUGGAUUUUUAACUCUACACAAAUCCAGAAAAAAAUAAAAUUAAAAUAAGCAUUUUAGUUAAUAAAUCAAUAAAAGCAAUUAAUUGAAUGGAAUUGUAUUUUAAAAAGUGAAUAUUUUCAGUAAUAAUGAGAAAAUACGAGCUCGGUUUUAUCCGAUUCCGUGCAGAAUUAAAGUCAGAUAAGAAAUAAAAACACUUAAAAAAAAAAAAAAAAAAAAAAAAAGUCUUAUCUAAUUUUAUUUUCAGUACAUUUUGUAAUCAGUAUAAUAAAUUAAAAGCAGCAGAUCCUGAUUCAGCUUUGAGCUCCACGAUGUCGUCUUUUCUGAAUUUGAGUUGAAGUUUCGCCAUUCAAGCUGCUGUGAAACAAUCGAGACUCUGGGAUGAGGAAGAAAUCAAAGAGCAUCAGCAUUGAUCGUGUGUUUCUACAUUUAACGUGUUUAAUGAGCACAGAAAGUGGCGUGGGUUUGAUUAUUUAUAUUUCUAUAUUUAAGACGCAUCGGGUGUGGAUUUCAGUAUUGCUGUAUACUGAGUUCUUCAUGUAUUUAAUAAAUGAAAAACAAAAGACCUAAACUAACCGAUCAAGAAAAAAGGCGCCGAAUUCAAACCUGAACUCGAGAGAGAAAAAAAAAAGAUCUCAGCUCGCGGCAAAGUUACCACCCCCUCUGUUGCGUAUCCAGUAAACAACCAAUCACAUCGAAGUAUUCCGUCACUCGGGAGCGUUGCUAGGUUAACAGGUCAACAUUCUCACUCUAAAGGGUUGUUUGGUAAUAAUUUGCAUACAGGCUGUAUAAAUACUGGGGCUCUGGGGGCUGGUUACUCAUUCAUCUUUCAAAAAGCAUCAGAGAAGGAAAAUGCCAGAACCGAAAGCUGCACCCGCGCCGAAGAAAGGCUCCAAGAAGGCUGUUGCCAAGACCCAGCCUAAGGGAGGGAAGAAGCGCAGAAAGACCAGGAAGGAGAGCUACGCGAUCUACGUGUACAAAGUGCUGAAGCAGGUCCACCCCGACACCGGCAUCUCUUCCAAGGCGAUGGGCAUCAUGAACUCGUUCGUCAACGACAUUUUCGAGCGCAUCGCCGGCGAAUCGUGCCGCCUGGCUCACUACAACAAGCGCUCCACCAUCACUUCCCGGGAGAUCCAGACAGCCGUGCGCCUCCUGCUGCCCGGAGAGCUGGCCAAGCACGCCGUGUCUGAGGGCACCAAGGCCGUCACCAAGUACACCAGCUCCAAGUAAACCGAGACCGUCCCUGCUCCGUCUUUACAACACAAAGGCUCUUCUGAGAGCCACCCAAA